AUGGAGUCAGGUAAAAGUGUUAGUGAAGGUAAUAGCAAGGGAUUCGUUUUCCCAUCAAUUUAUUAUUUCCCUCCAUUCUUUACCAAACAGCCGAAUCAGCGGGCAUUCGAAUCACAGAUUCGAAACUGGGGUCAAUUAAUUGUUGAGUAUUGCAAAUAUCACAAGAUCUGGGCGAUCAAUAAGAAUGGUUCAAUUGUAUCCAAAGGCAUUAUAGGAUCAAAUGAAGUAGUUUCUGAUGAUCGGCCCAGUGCUGGUGAUAAUAUCAGUAAUAAUAAUAAUGAGGAUAAUAAUACUAAUAAUGGUGAUGACGAUGAUGGUGAGGGUCAUCAUUCACCGGAUGAUGGAAAUGUUUCUGAGAGGUUGGAGUUAUUCAAUAAUACAAAGAUCAAUAGACAUUUGAAAAUUGAAUUCAUUGAAGAGAUUUUCAAGUACAUGGUUACCAAUAAUAUGAGCGGGUGGCAUAAUCAAGAUAUUCUAAACAAUUACCAGAGAAAAUCCGACAGCAGAGAUUCGAUUAUUGUAUAUUGGAAGACUCCUGAUGAUUGGGCUGCAAUGAUAUUAGAAUUCAUCGAGCUGACAGGAAAUUCUGGGUCGAUAAUGACAUUAUACGAAUUGACAUUGGGAGAAAUGGUCCGAGGGCAAGAGUUUUAUGGAUUGCACCCGUUUCUAUUGCACCAAUCUUUACAGGUUUUGGUAAACCAGAAUAGAGCUCAACUAAUGAAGGAUGAAAAUGGAGUGGUUGCGGGGAUGAAAAUUAUCUGA